AUGUUUAUUUCACCUGUAUUGCUGUAUCGACAGGCUUUGGCUUCUGCUCCUCUCCCGUCGUCCUCCCAAAUUCCAGCAAUGGCAGAGCCAAUUCCAACAGAUUCCAGCACCACAGUAACGCCUCCAGUCUAUCGGAGACGCAAUUCCUCCGAGGAAUCACGCGGCAUCUCAAAUGCAGGCGGCAAGGAUCAUGGAGUGGCCAGCUCUGCAGGGGAGACUAGCCAGGCCGCCAUUUCUGCAGGCCCUCCAGAUAAGCUUGAUCCGGAGUCGGCAAAGGCGUGCCUCGAGGUGGAGAAGACGCAGCCCAGGAUCCUCCCUCUUCUGGGGAAACCAUACUUCGCAUGCGUCGUAUGCAAGUCGCAUGUUCAGCAACCAUUUCAAGUGGUGGUUCCAAGGUCGCUGGCGCCGUUCCUCCCAUCGAAGCCGACGCCGGCGACCCUGACCUGGCAGGGUCGGACCUGGGAGAUGCGCUUCACAGGGGGGCGGCACAUCCAGCGGCUGGAGGCAGGGUGGCGGAGCUUCGCGCUGGACAACGCGCUGAGGCUCGGCGACGGUUGCGUGUUCGAACUGGUGGGGGGCGAUGGCGAGAGCAUCAUGUUCAGGGUGCAGGUGCUACGUGCCGAGAUCCCGGCGAGUAUCCGGCAGAGGGCAGGCGGGUACACCCCGUCCAGCGCCAUCGUGCUAGACUAG